AUGACACUGAAGAAAAGGAAUGAAAGUGAGACAACACCGGGAUCAGAAGCAACACGUAUGCAAAGAAGCCACUUACCUUUGAUAAGACACUGGCCCAAAGAGGGAUGCGGAAUGGCACAGAGAUCUAACUAUAGCCAGAAUUCUGGCCUCAAGGAAUAUACAAGGAAAUGGUGGAAGAAGAACCACAUCAUGCAAUUUCCAGACGAAUAUGGGGAAAACUACGUCUCUAUCCAAUAUACUGCCAACAUCUGUAUCUAUGACAUAUGCUUCGUCAAAUCUAAACGACCCUGUGAAAUAGAAUCAGCUACUCAAUUAAUAAAGUGUUCUCAUGUCGAAUCUUCCACAAAUAUUUAUUCACGAAUACAAAUGGUAUUAAAGCAACCUGGAGUCGUUACUCCUAAGAAAUUAAAGAACAGUAAACUGACUGCCGCAUGGUCCCUGGAGUUGGUGACGAUUUAUCCCUUGAUGCAAUUUGUUGGAAUCGACAUUGUAAAGACAUUUCCAUUUGAAAUAAAGCCCACGAACCUGGAGUUUCUCAAAUUAGUGGGGGAGAAUUGGUAUAUGUGA